CGGGCAGCCUCCACGCCGACAAGGAAGUAGCUUACGCUAGACAUCUACCUGGUGAUAAUGCACAGCUGAGAAUUGACAUAAUUUUAAGUAGUUUCAGGAAGGAUGGGCAGGCAGAGGAAGAGGGUACUGACAGGUGAUGGCGUGCCCCACUCAAAGGAGGAGAAGAAACCCUCUGCCCCUCACCGCAAAGAGAAGAAGAAGAAAACUGACGUUGGCAAAAUCUUCAUCAACAUAUCCAUUGGCUUGUGUAUUUUCAGCCUCAUCUGGUUCUUUUACGCCUUGUAUAUGCGCUCCUACUUAGCGAAACGAGUGGUGACCUUACACCCCUCCCCCCACGUUUUGGAUGCCAACAGUACCAGUGCAGCUGUGGCCCCAGAAAGGUUCUGGGGCUCCUACAGGCCCCAGGUGUAUUUUGGCAUGAAAACAAGAAGUCCGAGAUCGGUUGUCACAGGCCUGAUGUGGAUGCGGCAGUUCUCAGACUUGGACGUGAACCUGAGGCACACUUGCGAGCAGGGGGACCGUCUCCAUGGUUACGGCUGGCUGAUGCACGACGGCCUCAGCUUCGGAGUGCAGGAGAUCCACGAUAGCGAUUUCAUCCUCACCACCGAGUUUGUCAAGCGCAUGGGAGGCGAAAACGGCGGAGACUGGACGUGGAGGAUCACAGCCAAACAGCAUAGUUCUGCUCCACAGCCUCCCGUCGUCUCAUUAAUGUUCUACGUCGCGACAGACACGCAGGGUUCCCUGCAGGCGCACGUGGAGGACAAGAACCGCCUGGGUUCCGUCACAGGCGUCUCAGAAGAGCUUGGCAAUUUUAAGAUCACGUUCCGCAAGCCAACCGUUGGGGAGGCUGCCGGCAACAAAUACGCCAGCUAUAAUUAUUUGCAGACCAGGAGCCCUGGCCUCGAAAAGCUUACGGACAUAGUUAAGAACAGUCUGAGCCGCAGGUUUGUCUUUCAUCCGCCCUCCGGUGAGAAGAGACCGUACAUCGCCGUGGAUACCUACAAGCCUCCUCAUCACCAGCAUCAGCAGAAGGCCCAAGACACGAGGCCAGAAAGCGACUUUGUGGUCCAUCAAGUGACCGUCCAAACCCCAUUUCAGAUUGAAGUUCUUUUUGAAUCCGGAAGUUUCUACGACCGGCCUGAUCAGCUGGUUGGUUCGGUGCUUUCGGAAGAGCUGGAGAAGAGGAAGGCGGCAUUUGACCAGAAGUUUGAGGCUACGUUUGGCCUUCAGAGAAAAGGUUUCACCCCAGCACAGAUUAAGUUCAGCAAAGCAGCUCUCAGUAACAUGCUUGGUGGGAUGGGAUACUUCCACGGCCAGUCGGUUGUUCAGUCAGCUUAUAACGAGUACCCUAUCCUGUACCCCGAGGCUGCCUUGUUCACCGCUGUGCCGUCCCGUUCUUUCUUUCCCAGAGGUUUCCUAUGGGAUGAAGGCUUCCACCAGCUUCUCCUAAGCAAGUGGGACCCACAGGUAACUCGAGAGGCCAUAGCCCAUUGGUUUGACCUCAUUAACAUUGAGGGCUGGAUUCCACGUGAGCAGAUCUUGGGUGACGAGGCUCGCAGCAAAGUCCCGGCUGAGUUUGUGGUGCAGCACAACGAGAACGCCAACCCCCCCACGUUCUUUCUGGCCCUGCAGGAACUUGUGGAGAAGCUAUUAGCCCAGCCGGAUGCUCCUUCCACCCGGGACACCUUGCCCCUCUUGCGUAGGCUCUACCCCAGGCUACAGUCGUGGUUCGAGUGGUAUAACACUACCCAGACUGGACCUUUGCCUAACUCCUACAGAUGGCGGGGUAGGGACAAAGAUACCAACCUCUUCCUCAAUCCGAAGACCCUUACCUCCGGGCUGGAUGACUACCCACGGGCAUCGCAUCCUUCCACGGAUGAGAGACACGUUGACCUGCAUUGCUGGAUGGCCUGGGCAUCGGGCAUCAUGGCCAGUGUGGCUCGUCUUUUGGGGGAGCCACACCAGGAAUACGAGCGCACGCACCUCACCCUUAGCGACAACGACCUCCUAAGUCAACUGCACUGGUCCGAGAACCUGCGUGCCUUUUGUGACUACGGAAACCACACCCAAGCAGUGUCUUUGCAACAGGAGAAAGUUUACGUGCCUCCCGGCCAGCCCCGCCACCAGUUCCCUGUGACGCGAUUGGUGCGAUAUGUACGCAGGGGACCUAAGCUACAGUAUGUGAAUGCGUUUGGCUACGUUAGCCUGUUCCCCUUCCUGCUGCAGAUCCUGGUGCCCGAUUCGCCCAAGCUGGAACACAUCCUGCGGGACAUUAGGGAUCCCGACAGACUGUGGACGCCUUACGGCCUGCGUUCUCUAUCCCGCACAGACCCUCUCUACAUGAAGCGCAACACGGAGCAUGACGCCCCCUACUGGCGCGGAGCCAUCUGGAUUAACAUCAACUACCUGGCUGUCAGGGCAUUGCACCACUACGGCAACACUGAAGGGCCAUACCGGGAGAAGGCAAAUGCCCUUUAUCAAGAGCUCAGGACUAACCUUAUCAACAAUGUUUACAGACAGUAUGUGGAAACUGGAUAUUUCUGGGAGCAGUACAAUGACAGCACCGGCAGGGGUCAGGGAAGCCACCCUUUCACUGGCUGGUCCGCUUUAACAGUUUUAAUGAUGGCUGAGCAGUACUGAGCUGUGCUAACAGUUAUGCUAAUUAAAUUGCUUAACGGUGCCAUUGUUCUAUUUUAAUGUUAUCAAAAUUUCAUCGAAGUAUUGAUAAUUACUGGGAAUAAUGGGUAUGCUUAUUGUUAAAAAGGAAAUAUUUGUUUGAAAUGGGUCGAGAUUUUAAUGUAAAUUUUUUGUUGCUGUUGUUGUUUAUACCAAAAAAAAGGUUUCAAUCACACAGUGUAAGAUAAAUGCCAGGUGUAUUUGUGGUCUUUGUAAGUGCUCAAUUAGUAAUCCAUCUGAAGACAGCUCAUCUCAGUCUAACCAAGUCAAAGAUAAAAAGUUAUUUUUUACAAUUACAUGAUGAAAUAGGCUACUUUUGUAAAUUUAACUUUAUAAAAAAAAAUACUCCAAAUCUGUAAGCAUUGGAAAAAUGUCCAUAUGAUUCAGUGUAAGUCAACAAUCUGCCCGUCUGUCAAAGAAAGGAACCGCUUAAUCCUCAGGUAGAACCUGCCACGGACAUUGUUCAAAAAUUCCCCACAUACAGCCAACAAGAGUGUUUGAACCUCAGUCAAGGGUUUUAAGUUCAGAAUGUGGCUUAUUUCUUUCCAGUAUUAGGCCUACACUUUGAACAUAAGCAA